CUGUCAGACAACUCAGUUGGUUAGGACCUAGCCUAGGACGUGCGCAUACGCUGUAUUCGUGUCUCGCGGAGGCAACCGGACCGGUAUAGGCGACCUUACAAACCGUUCACUGACGUACUCUACGUGCAUAGCAAAAAUGCAAUCCUGAUACCGGAGUGCUGUGAUUUCUUGUGGAUAAACAUGUUGGAGCACAAUAUUGGAGCCCAGAAAUCAUGGAGAGGGAAGCAGCGAGUUCGCGGGAAGCAUGGCUGAGCCUACAUCUGAAGAUCUCACAUUAAUGGUGAAUAAGCAAAAGAGAUUGUCUAAAUUGCUUGAAAAGCUCUCCGUGCAACUGAGCAACAAUAAUCAGUACCCCUUUCCACAUUGGCUAAUGCGUGAAACAUCACCAAACGGCGUGACACUACCGGAUGACGUACCACUAGACCUCUCUAUAAAAUCCGCAGUCCCGAAGCCCAGUCCACCACCCGUAUACGCCUGCGAGAUAUGUGGACAAACUUUUACAGUUCACGACCGGCUCGCUAAGCAUAUUGCGUCACGGCACAGAGGUAAGGCCCCGAAAUCAUCUCGAGCCUACGAAUGCGACGUUUGCCAUCGUCGUUUCGCUCGUUCCGACAUGUUGACUCGCCAUGCGCGCUCUCACAGUGGGGUGAAGCCGUACUCGUGCGCAGUUUGUGGACAAGUGUUCUCCCGCUCCGAUCAUUUGGCUACUCAUCAGAGGACACACACGGGAGAAAAGCCUUACCGCUGCCCAAAAUGCCCGUACGCGGCCUGCCGCCGAGACAUGAUCACCAGACACAUGCGUACACAUACAAGGCGACCACAUCUUGCUGAGAUCUAAAUGAUUUAUUAACUUUGAUUGCCCCAAGUUAUGCAUUUUCAUUUACUGGAUUUUAUUACUGAAGGAUGUAUCGCCUAAUAUAUUUGCAUUGGUAAGACAUAUCACAUUGCACGGCAUUUGCGAAUUUUAUAAUAUUGCUGCUAUUUGCAAUGCGAUUUGUCAACAGGUUUUUUUUUAAAGUGUCUUGUUACCAACAAAUUAGGUACACAAUCCUAUUUGGAAUAAGUAUCUGGUCAGCAAUAUUCGGAAGUCGAUUUUUUUAACCAAACGCCAUAUAGGUAAUGCAUUUUAUUGAUUCAUGAUUCGAAUAAUUUUGUAGGAUUUUCAUUAAUUUUGUAAAAUAUUUUCUUUUUACUAACGCAGACCUCCGUCAUAUAACGGUGACGGAUAUUUUUUGUGAAUUAGAUUUUAAUUAUGGUUAAAUUGUAUGAAUAGUAGAUUCAUAGAAUUGAACAUUAAUUCAUAAAACAUUGUUAAAGUACCAUAAAGGUUUGUUAUAUGUGCUUAACUGUCAGAGAAAUGUCGAUCUACAUUCCAUAUUUAAAAUAUACAAAAUCUCUCUCUAAAUAAAACCUACCGGUCGAUGUAAUUAUUUUGACAGACUUUGGAGACCUUAUUCUGAGUUCCUAGUAUCUGACUGUGAAUUUCUUGAAUCUUCCUCCUCUAUAGGUCUUAAAUUAGGCAUAAGGCUAAAGUAUGUUAUGUUUUUAUUUAUUGUUUGCCGAACUUCUCGGAUUCGCGGAAAGAGGCAUCCUUUUGUUUGCUUAGCGAUGUUUUUAGAAACUAGGAAAAAUAUUAAAACUAUUACAUUGAAACUAUUAGAGUUUUUACUUCAAGCUAAAUGAUAGUUAUCGUGUUGCUCUAUCGUCCGAGUUCGUGAAUAAAGCUACAAAUUCGUUGUAGGGUCCUGUAACGAGAGAUAGCAGACUCCAAAACCUUGCUAACCUAACCGUCAACAGCAGAAAAGCGAUCAUUUUUCAUCUCGUUCGAGACCGUUCGAGCUAUGACUAACAUUAUAUUAACGUUUAUAACUUGACGAAACCAUCGCAAAGCUCGAGGUAUGAUUCAAAAGUGAGACCAAUUCUCUCUGAGUCUAGGGUCAUAGUUUUACCAAAGCCUCGUGUCUGAAUAUAAUAUCACUUAGUUGCGAUUGGCCGGAGUCGCGUAAUCGACCAAUCGGGAAUGUGACUUAGCAAGUGAAAUCAACAAAAGAGAUUAACAGAAGGGGCUGCUAAUGAUGUGUUAUUAUUGAUAUAUUAUGUUUGCAAAUAUCUGUAUAGUUGUUAUUAAGGAUAGCUACAAAAUUAGUAAGUUUUUGUGUAUUUUUAAAAUUUAAACGCAUUUUGUUAUUUCUUACAGUUAUAAAUUUAUUAAGUUUCAAUAACUGCGUAAAUUGUAAAUAUUUGCUUGUAUAUGUUAUGUUUGUAUUACAUUGUGAUAAAUUGAAUAGGUAUAAAAAAAUAAUUUGAGCCUCUUGACAAUGUUAUGUUUAAUGUAUCGUAG